AUGGGUUGUUAUGGGAAAAAUCAUAUCCCUGUUGGAAAUAGAAAACAAAACAAAAAUAAUAAUUGAAUUUAUCAUCUCUUAAGUCUUAAUCUUUCCUCCAUGUCAAGAUUAUGGAGUUGUCAAAUUCGAGAACGUAAUGAUUUCAGGAGGUGUGUAAUUCAUGGUGUGCAGUGAGGGCAUGGCGGUAUUUCCACUGGAACGUUCUCUGUCUGGAUUCUGAGCAAGCGGAAGGAAAAAUCCCCAAAUUUCUCAGUUUCUCUUUGCGUUCGAUCCGAGGAGAGGAACAGCGAUGUGUGGAGGCGCUAUCAUUUCUGGUUUCAUUCCGCCGACUCGGUCUUACCGGGUCACGGCCGAUCACCUUUGGCCGAAUCUGAAGAAACCUAAAUCAGUGAAACAUUCGUCGGCAAGGUCACUGAGAUCGCAGAUCUUCGAUGUUGAUGAUUUUGAGGCUGAUUUCCAGGACUUCAAGGAUGAAUCCGACGUUGAUUUUGAUGAACAUGACUUCUCGGAUAUUAAGCCGUUCAUUUUCGCUGCUCCUAAGUCCGCCUGCUCUUCCACUCGCGGAUCAAGUGCUACAAAAUCUGUGGAGUUAAAUGGGCAAGCUGAAAAAUCUGCAAAUACAAAGAAGAGGAACCAAUUUAGGGGAAUAAGGCAGCGGCCAUGGGGUAAGUGGGCUGCGGAGAUCCGUGACCCAAGGAAAGGUGCCCGUGUAUGGCUUGGUACUUUCAAUACUGCAGAAGAAGCUGCAAGAGCAUAUGAUGCGGAGGCGAGGAGAAUUCGAGGCAAGAAAGCCAAGGUGAAUUUCCCUGAUGAACCUUUGCGAAAUACCCAGAAGCGGAAAAACUCGCAGAGACAACAUCUCAAGACGAACUUGAAAGCAAACCAUCUUAAGUUUUCUAACCAUCCAGAUCAGAACUACCACAUAACCACUGGUGUUGUGGAAGUGAAGCCUCCUACUGACCAACUUGGAUACAUGGAUUCACUCCCUGCUAGUUUGAAUAGUGCUCCAUCUGACGAUAUGAUCCUGUAUUUUAAUUCAGAUGAGGGAAGCAACUCGAUUGGUUGUUCUGAUUUUGGAUGGGGAGACCAAGGUGCCAAGACUCCUGAAAUCUCUUCUGUCUUCUCAGCUAAUUUAGAAAGUAAUGAUUCUCAGUCGUCAGAGGACAUGCAUCCACGCAAGAAACUUAGGUGCAGUGCAAGGGAUGGCAUAACUGCUGAAGAAAUUGGUGCUAAGACACUGUCCGAGGAGCUCUCUGCCUUUGAGUCCCAGAUGAAGGUUUUUCAGAUGCCGUAUCUGGAAGGGAACUGGGACAGUUCAAUGGAUGCCUUCCUUGGUGGGGAUACAACUCAAGAUGGUGGAAACUCAGUGGACCUUUGGAGUUUUGAUGACAUCCCUGUUGUAGAUGGAGGAAUCUUUUAAGCAAAGUUUUCCUUUGCGGGCUAGUUCAUGUAAAUAAAGCUACAUGAAAUGUUCAUGUCCAUGAUUGGAAACAGAAGUUCAAACGGUCAAUCGUGCCCGAGGCAAUCAGGACAUGUUUAUGGGGUAGCUAAUGCCUAAUGGGAUAGGACUUUCAAGUUUAUUCAGGUAGCAAUACCUGUGAAACCUCGAAUCUGCGUUGGUUUAUCUCUUAAGUUUGUAUCGACAAUAAGUUAUCUGUAUCGAUGUAUCAUAAAACUUGAUUUCUCUCUUUACUACUGAGGAUUCUCAUCUCAUGGAAUGACUGAUUUUUGAUCUGUAUGAAUAAAACUUUUCUGUGCCAAUCUUUUUAGAAA